AUGGCACCCCUUGCGGCCUCCAAAUCAAAGUCGACUAUCGAGUCUAAACGGGUCGAAUCUGAGCACAAGUUCAAUAAGCCUGCCACCUCGAAAUCCGCUUCUAAGCCUGGCGUUGCGGCUGGAUUGAAACGAAAGGCUCCGACAGUGGCACUGGAGCCGGAGUCGGAGUCGGAGUCAGACGAAGAGGAGGAAUCGCCUAAACAGCAAGCCGAAAACAAAAAUGAAGAUACCCAUCUUCAGGGGUUCUCUACUGACGAGGACUCUUCAGACGAUGGCGGAGACGAGGCUCCUGAAUUGCCGGGUAUUGAUCUUACCAAGCUGCCUACUGUUGCAAAGGAUGAUGCGACUGUGAAGCGCAGGCUCGAAAGAGCAAAAAGGGAGCCAACACAAGACCGAGGAGUCCUAUUCCUCGGCCAGAUUCCUCAUGGAUUUUAUGAGGAUGAAAUGAGGGCGUAUUUCUCUCAAUUUGGGGAUGUCACUCGACUUAGGCUCUCUCGAAAUAAGAAGACGGGCAGGUCCAAACAUUACGGGUUUAUUGAGUUCGAGUCCAGCUCGGUCGCGCAAAUAGUCAGUGAGACAAUGAACAAUUACCUUCUGAUGGGACGCAUCUUGCAAUGUAAAAUCAUACCCAAGGAACAAUUGCAUCCAGAGCUCUGGGUUGGUGCCAACCGCAAGUGGAGGUCCAUACCUCGGGACCGUAUCUUCCGGGUGCAACACAACAAAUCUCGUACGGAUGAACAACGAAAGAGGGUCGAACGUAAACUACUAAAAAAGCAAGAGGAUCGCCAGGCUAAGAUUCGAGCGAUGGGAAUCGACUAUGAAAUUGGAGCUGCCGGCUAUUGUUCUACUGUAUCUCAUUAA